AUGGAAGACAAAUAUAGAUUAAAUGGUGCGGGAGGUUGGGAUAGAGUGGCGAUUUUAGAUGCUGGUGCCCAAUAUGGAAAAUUAAUAGAUAGAAAAGUUCGGGAACUAUGUAUUGAAACAGAUAUUCUUCCUCUUGAUACUCCUGCAUUCAACAUUAAAGAAAAAGGAUACAAAGCUAUUAUAAUUUCUGGUGGACCUAACUCAGUUUAUGCUGAAGAUGCUCCUAGGUACGAUUCCGAUAUAUUCCGGAUAGGAAUUCCCGUACUAGGCAUUUGUUAUGGUAUGCAAAUGAUGAAUAAAGAAUUUGGUGGACAAGUAAUAAGAAAAGAUGUCCGUGAAGAUGGCCAAUUUGUAAUAGAUGUCGAUCAAAAGUGUAUUAUAUUUAAGGGCCUCGAGAAAAAUCAACAUGUUUUAUUAACACAUGGUGAUUGUAUAGAAAAGGUAGCCGAGUCUUUUAAAGCUGUAGCUCAUUCUAACAAUAUCAUCGCUGGAAUAGCAAACGAUAAGUUAAGACUUUAUGGCCUUCAAUUUCAUCCAGAGGUUGAUCUAACAGCAAACGGCAAAGCAAUGCUUCAUUCUUUUCUAUUUGAGGUAUCUGGGUGUACUCCUAACUUUACAAUGAAGAGUAGAGAAGCUGAAUGUAUAAAGUACAUUCAAGAUGCAGUCGGUAAAAAUAAAGUUCUUCUACUAGUUAGUGGUGGGGUUGAUUCUACGGUCUGUGCUGCUCUUCUUCAUAAAGCUCUUCCGAGAGAACAAGUUAUUGCAGUUCAUAUCGACAACGGUUUUAUGAGAAAAGGUGAAAGUGUGAAGGUUGAACAAUCUCUAAGAAAACUUGGCAUUGACCUUAAAGUCGUUAAUGCAUCUAAGCAGUUCAUGCAUGGCACAACAACCAUCCCGGGCGAUAGGAAUGAACCAACAUCCCGCUCUUCGGUAACAAGAAUGUUAUGUAUGACGGCUAGUCCUGAAGAAAAAAGGAAGAUCAUCGGUGAUAUCUUUGUUGAGGUAGCAAAUGAGGUUAUAGCUGACCUCAAGUUAAGCGUCGAUGAAGUCGUUUUAGCUCAAGGAACCCUCAGGCCUGAUUUAAUAGAAUCGGCGUCGCAGUUGGCCAGCGGUAAGGCCCACGCGAUUAAAACUCACCAUAACGACUCACAUCUCAUCAGAAGCCUCAGAGAAAUGGGGAAAGUAGUCGAACCUCUGAAAGACUUUCACAAAGAUGAAGUUCGACAACUAGGGCAAGAUCUAGGACUUCCUAAUGAAAUAGUGAUGAGGCAUCCGUUCCCAGGGCCUGGUUUAGCGAUAAGAGUUUUAUGUGGAGAUGAACCUUACCUCGAAAGAGAUUUUUCAGAAACUCAAGUUCUAGUUAAAAUUAUAGUUGAAUAUGAUCAAAUGUUGCAAAAGAAUCAUGCACUAUUGAAUAGAGUAGAAAAUGCAACUAGUGAAGAAGAAAGAGUUCAGCUGAGAAAAGUUUCUAGCAAACAGCAUUUGGCAGCAACAGUCCUACCUAUAAGAAGUGUGGGAGUGCAGGGUGAUUGCCGGAGUUACAGUUACGUUGUUGGUAUAUCAUGCGAAAAGGAACCAGAUUGGCUUGAUUUAGUAGUUUUAUCGAAAUUAAUUCCUCGAGUUUGUCACAAUGUCAAUAGGGUUUGUUACAUAGCCGGAGGUUUGGUGAAGGAUCCUGUUCAAGAUAUCACUCCAACCUUCCUAACGACCCAAGUUCUUGCAACUGUAAGGCAAGCUGACCAUCUCGUUUCUCAGGUGCUCUAUAGUAGUGACUGUAUGUCAAAAAUAUCUCAGAUGCCCGUCAUCUUACUGCCGCUGCACUUUGAUAGAGAUGCAGCUCUGAGGGCACCCUCCUGCCAGAGGUCAGUUGUACUUAGGCCUUUUAUCACACAAGAUUUCAUGACGGGAAUUCCUGCAGUUCCAGGCAUCCACCUCCCGAUAGAUGUUGUACAAAAAAUGAUAUCUGAUGUUGGAGCUAUUCCUGGAAUAUCGAGAGUUUUAUACGAUCUUACAGCGAAACCUCCUGGUACUACCGAAUGGGAGUGA